UCAGAGCUGCCCAACGGCCUUCAGCCUUGGUCGUGCUUGCCGCGCUUUGACCCCGCCAUGUUCCUUCUCUUUGCACUGCUCUGUGCGCUUGGAGGACUGCACGCCCUCCUGGAUUCUGAAGAAAUAUUACUGCAUGUCACAGUUCCAUGGAAGAUAAAGUCAAAUGAGAGUGAAGAUUCAGAGAAGCAGGUGAUUUAUGUCAUUACAAUUGAUGAAAAACCAUACACUCUGCAUCUCAGAAAACACUCAUUCUUAUCCCAGAACUUUUUGGUUUACACAUAUAAUGAAACUGGAUUUUUGCAUUCAGAGUCAUCAUAUUUUAAGAUACAUUGCCAUUACCAAGGAUAUAUUGCAAAUUUUCCAAAUUCACUUGCAACACUCAGCAUCUGUUCUGGACUCAGGGGAUUCCUUCAGUUUGAAAACAUCAGCUAUGGAAUUGAGCCAUUGGAAUCUUCAGCAAGAUUUGAGCACAUAAUUUAUCAAGUGAAAAAUGAUAAUCAAGAUAUAUCAUGGCUAGCAGAAAAUUACAGCAAUAUUUGGCAGAAAGACCAAUCGUAUAAAGAUAAUUUAAGCUCACAGAAAACAGCUCUUCCAAAACUAUUACCCCAAUACCUAGAAAUUCACAUUAUAGUGGAAAAAGAUUUGUAUGAUUAUAUGGGAUCAGAAAUGAUGGCUGUAACACAGAAAAUUAUCCAGAUUACUGGCCUUGUCAACACUAUGUUUACUCAGUUCAAAUUGACUGUAAUGCUGUCCUCCUUGGAAUUGUGGUCACAUAAAAACAAAAUUUCUACCAACGGGGAUGCUGAUGAUUUAUUACAAAGAUUUUUUGUAUGGAAACGGGACUAUCUUAUCCUACGGCCCCAUGACAUAGCAUUCUUACUUAUUUACAGGAAACAUCCUACAUAUUUGGGAGCAACAUUUUCUGGCACAAUAUGCAAUAAAAGCCAUAAUGCAGAUAUUGCUAUGUAUCCAGAUGCAGUAACUUUGGAGGGAUUUUCAGUUAUUAUAGCUCAACUACUUGGCCUUAAAAUGGGAUUAACAUAUGAUGAUAUUAAUAAAUGUUCUUGUCCAAGAGCUACAUGCAUAAUGAAUCAUAAAGCAGUGGGUUCCAGUGGUAUAAAGAUUUUUAGCAACUGCAGCAUGCAUGACUAUAGAAAUUUUGUUUCAAAAUAUGAGGCUAAAUGUCUUCAGAACUUUUCAAAUUUGCAACCAUCAUACCAAAAUCAAUCAGUAUGUGGUAAUGGGAUUUUGGAACCUAAUGAAGAAUGUGACUGUGGAAGCAAAGAGGAAUGUCAAUUUAAGAAGUGCUGUGAUUUUCAUACAUGUAAACUGAAAAGCUCAGCAAAAUGUGGUUCUGGACCCUGCUGUACAUCAAAAUGUGAGAUAUCAUUAGCAGGCACUCCUUGUAGAAAGAGUAUUGAUCAAGAAUGUGAUUUUACAGAAUAUUGCAAUGGAACCUCUAGUAAUUGUGUUCCUGACACUUAUGCGUCGAAUGGUCAGCUGUGUAGGUUGAGAACUGCAUAUUGUUAUAAUGGACGAUGCCAAACUACUGAUAACCAGUGUGCCCAGAUAUUUGGAGAAGAUGCGUUUGCAUUUUUAGGUGCUCAAGGUGCUCCGUUUGCCUGUUACAAAGAAAUUAAUUCUCUGCGUGAUAAAUUUGGAAACUGUGGUUUUAAAAAUUCACAACCAUUGCCCUGUGAACAGAGGGAUGUUCUCUGUGGAAAAUUAGCUUGUGUUUGGCCACAUAAGAAUACUUAUAAAAAUGAUGUUCAACCUGCAGUUUAUUCAUACAUUCAAGGGCAUGUAUGCAUAUCUAUAGCCACUGGGUCAUCAGUGAAAUCAGAUGAAAGAGAUUAUUCCUAUGUUGCUGAUGGCACUGUUUGUGGGGCACAAAUGUAUUGUAUAAAUAAAACCUGCAAAAAAGUUCACUUGAUGGAAUAUAACUGUAAUGCUGCUACAAAAUGCAGAGGAAAUGGAAUAUGUAAUAAUUUGGGUAAUUGUCAUUGUUUUCCUGGCCAUAGGCCUCCAUAUUGUGAAUUCCAGAUUGGUUCACCAGGGGGAAGUAUUGAUGAUGGAAAUGUUCAGAAAUCUGAUAUAAUUUUUAUUGAAGAAGGCUACAAUGCACAGCAAAACAACUGGCUUAUUCUGAGUUUCUACAUUGUUCUUCCCUUUAUCAUAAUUUUCACCAUUAUGAUCAUGAAACGAAAUGAAAUGAGAAAAUCAUGCAACAGACAAAAUGCAGAAUAUGAAGGUAAUUCAGUCGUUGUGCCAGAAAACUAUGACGUGGACUACUGGUAACAGCCAAGCACUUCACCAGCAGAUGGUCCAUUUCCAGAGGAGAAAACUUCACUUUAUGACCCUUACGUAAUCCCUAAAUGCGUUUCAGAUGUUCUCGUUCUGGAAAAUAAAACCCAAGCCCACGUGGGCACCAGG